AUGCCUGGUAUGCGGCUGGACUUCUUGAAAAACCCCUCACAGCGAGCCGCGACGGGAAAGUCGAUGCCGCUAAAGCAGGUGGAGGCUAUUCUCCUCUACGGUAAGCCGGAGCAGCGGGCCAAGGUGGUGCAGAAGAUCCUACCCAACACCUACUCGCUCUGCCUGAGCAAGGCGUCCCACUAUCUACUACUCACUCUUCUCACGAAGUGUGACGGACUGGUACGGGUACAAAUGCUGUACCAUGUGCGUCGGAAAAUUAUAGAUCUCUCCUUGUCCCCUGUUGGUAACACCAUUGUUCAGGAGAUGCUGGAGCAUCUUCCUGUUCAACAAAAGCGGGAGAUUGCCGAAAUGUUUGUGCUUAACACCGAAGACGAUGAGUUUAGACGUCUCUGUGAACAUGCCUUCGGCAACCAUGUGGCGCAAAAAAUCAUGGAGCACCCCGUUUCUCGGGAGGUGGUAGAGGAGCGUUUUUUGCCGCAUAUCCCGUCGCUAGCCGUGCACCCUUACGGGCAACGCGUGGUUGUGAAGUACAUGGAAUCCGCUGAGGACGGCUGGCGGGCUGUGUCGCAGGCCGUCUUUGCCACCGACGGGGAGCUUGACGUGGAGGAGGCGGUGGUCGGCGCGCUCUUCCGCCCCGCCGAAGACAACAUGACGGUGUCUGCGCUUCUGAAGCAUCCUCUAGUUUCGACGACGGUAAAGGACGCGCUCUGCGCCCACCUCUGCGAGUUCGCGUCCGAAUACUUGCAGUCGCGAAAGGAGACGACUGCGGAAGACGAGUUUGCCCUGCCCGACUUUGGGGGCGCCGCGCCGAGAAAUAGCGGUAACGCCGCCGAGCGGGAUUAUCCACGUCACUAUCACGCCUACGUGACGGUCUUCGAGCAGGGCGAUCUUGCGCAAAAGAGGGAGUUGUGGGAGAGCCUGCUUGCCGCCCCUGGUCUCCUUGAGCGCAUCGUGACGCACAAGACAGCGGUGGCUAUAGCAGUUGCAGCAAUCAAGACUCUCCCAGAAAGCCAAGAGCGCCUUUGGGCGGCAGCGACAACGGCCACAGGCGCGGAGGCUGCAAAUGGGUCGGGGCUUGACAUACUCGACGUGGCGCGGGAUCCGGCACGCACAAUGCUGCUUCGUGCGAUGAUGGAGGUUCAUGGCGCCUUGCUCACGGCAGAGCAGAGGAAACGCCUGGCGGGGGCUGCCCUUGAGCUUUCACAGAACCCUGUCUCUUCACCCGUGCUACAGAAGUUGUUGGAGUGCUUCCCUGAGGACGUGACCAGUAUGCGGUUGAUGCUGGGAAGCAUUAGGGCGGAACUGCCACGGUUGGUGACGCACAACGCUGCCUCCUAUCUUAUUCAGGCAAUGCUGCAGUACGGCGCUGCCGGCGCGGUCCGUGAGGAGCUGGUGAACGCGCUGCUGGACGUUUUUUCCGACAUGCAUGCGAUGCUCUCCUUCGCACAAGGAUCGCGUGUGAUGCAGAAACUUCUAGCCUACGCCUCGGACGAGGCCGUGGUGACGGUUGUCAACGCCCUGCUGCGCGAGGCAGAGGAGGAGAGGAAUAAGGACGAGCCACACGGCGACGAGGGUUGUGUGGAUGGGGAGCAGGAGGGCAAAGAGGCUGACGACGAUGCUGAUGCGGACGGGGACGAGGACGACGCCGCCAAAGCGACAGAGAAGGCAAAACCCUCUCGUCGCGAGCAACGAGAAAUAAACCGCAAGAAGCAUUACGAGGUUACCUCCAGGGCCAUCGUGUCGUACGCCCUUCACAGCCACGCCUGUUAUGUCAUCCAGGCACUUCUUCGUGAGUGUCGUGGCCGUCAGUUGGAGCCUCAGCGCAAGCAGCUGAUGAGCGAACUGAAGCCGUUUGUCUUUGAGCUGGCCGUCUCGCCGUGGGCCGGCCGCAUUGUGCUCGAAGCAAUGCUCCAAAGCGGAAGUGCCAAAUUGGGUGAAGUCAUGAAGAACGUCGUCUUUUUGAAGGCUGAGGCGUGGCUCAGCGACGUUCCCGAGAAGGGCAAACGCAGCGGCAGCGGGCUCGAUCCCACCAUGCGGCAGGCGCUGCGACGACAUCGCGAGGAACCUGACGCUGAGAAGCACGCAGCGAGUGCCGAGGGCAACGCCAAGGCGCCGACGCGUAAGAAGUUGUACCGCACCCUGAAGAAGUGA